GAUAGUGUAACCUCGUAAUUUUUAGAAACAUUUUUUAAGUUCAUUAUAUAUAAAAUUUAUGAUGUAAAUAUGUAUUUCUAAUAUUAAAUAAGCUUUAAAAAAGAAGUUAUUAAUAUUUUUAUUUGUUAUAAUAUAAAAUAAUAUAAAAUAUAAAUGUAAUCUCUAUAGAUGCAUAUAUAUUAAAUAUUAUUAUAAUAUAGCCAUAAUUAUAUAUUUUUUACAAAUAAAUGUAAAAUAUUUUAAAAAUGGCAGCAUUAAUGAAGAAAAGAGUUUUAGCAGAAUUUAAUCAGAGUCAGGUUGUAAAUGAACCACCAUUAAAAAGAUUAAGAACAUUACGGCUUAUAUCAAAUUCAGGCAGUAAAAAUGGAACAGAAGGAAGUUCAGCAUUAGCUUAUAUUGAGUGUCUUGAAAAAUGUAAAUGUGGCAAUGAUGCUUUACAACUUCUUGUUCGUAUAUCUGAUACAAUUGCAUAUAUCUCUUCAGAAGAUGUUCCUUCUGUAGUAAAAAAAUUAUCAGAAAGAUUUACUAUAGAAACAGAAGCUGCAGUUCGUGCUAAAAUACUAUGGAUAUUUGCAGAAUUAGGAGAAGUAACAAAUGAUUCAUUAGAAAAGACAAGAAUUGUUAAUGAAACUGCUGAACUUUUAAGAAAUGAAGAAUCCCAUAGAGUAAAAAGUCAAGGCUUAGCAACAUUAUUAAAACUGGGAGAUUAUCAUAGAAGCCUUGUAUUGAAGAUUGCUCGUGAUCAUUUACCUGAUACUUGGCAUGGUGUACAGACACGUUGUCUUUCUAUCAUUGGAAGAUAUUUAACUGCAAAUGCUACUGAUGAUACUUUAGCACUUGUCAGCAAUUAUGCACACUCUCAAGAUCCAAGAGUACGUGCACAAGCAUUUGAGACAAUGGCUGAACUUCAUUCUUAUAGAAGUUGUAGAUUACCAGCAACCUUUUUUGGAGAAGCUUGUACUGCACUUAGAGAUGAUUAUGAAAUAGUUCGUAGAACUGUUCUUAAACUAAUAUGGCUUUUAGGCAGAGAAUAUCCUGAAAAUAUCAUUGUAGGAUCAGAUGGAGAAGAUAUACGUAUGGUAGAUUGUGCAUUUUCCCAAAUUUGUAGUCUUAUGGGUGACUUAUCACCAAGAGUUCGAGCUUCAGCAAUGUCUCUUCUAGGAACAAUGAAAGGUGUAUCAAAACGAUAUAUAGAACAAGCAUUAGAUAAAAAACAAAAAGUUGUAGAAGCAGAUAGACCAGAAGUAGAAGAAAAAAGUGGAUCAUGUGGAGCAUUUAUUCAUGGUUUGGAAGAUGAAUUUCUGGAGGUAAGAACAGCUGCAGUUGAAGCACUUUGCACUUUAUCCUUAGAACAACCAAAUAUAGCUAGAAUUUCAUUGGAUUUUAUGGUUGAUAUGUUUAAUGAUGAAAUUCAAGAUGUUCGAUUAAGAGCUAUUGAAUCAUUAAGAAAAAUAUCUGCAAGCGUAACGCUUCGUGAAGAUCAGUUAGAAACAAUCUUAGGAGCACUGGAAGAUUUUUCAGGUGAAGUACGAGAAGGUUUACAUGCUACUUUGGCGGCUAGUCGGCUUGCUACAAGAAAUUGCCUUCAUAUGUGUGUAAAUCGUUUACUUGAUAAUUUAAGUCGUUAUCCACAAGAUAAAGAAAGUAUUAGAAAUUGUUUAGCAGCAUUGGGAGCAUCACAUCCAUAUUUAACAUUGCCUUUAGUACCUCAACUUCUUGGACGACAUCCAUUCUUUGAUACACCAGAGCCAGAUGUUGAUGAACCUUCUUAUGCAAGUGUACUAGUUUUGAUUUUUAAUGCUGCAUUACAUUGUCCAAGCAUGCAUGCUCUUUUUACAGAACAUGCAUCUAAACAUUAUCAUUAUUUGCGCGAUACCAUGCCACAUUUAGUUCCUCGAUUACGACCAACCAUAACGAGUGGACCAGACUUUGGAAAAGAAGAUAAAACUGAUGAGGAAACUGAACGUGGAAAAGAAUUUCUAGAAAAAGUAGUUACUGGUGUAGAAAAUGCAAGACCUGGUGGUAGAGUUCAUACGCAACUCUUAGAGGCUGCAGCUGUUGAUUUAGAUCGUUUAGCGGAAAUGGAUCAUCGUAUGGAAGGAGCCGCACGUUUUACUGUUUUAUAUAUAAAAUGUUUGCUACUUUUGAAAUCAGUAUUAAAAGAAUUUUCAAUAUCAUCAACAAACUCGGUAUCGGCAAGUCCAUUGCCAAACACAACUACUAAUGUUUCAGUUCUUCUUCAAAAUACUCAAAAAUUACAACGAUUAUUCAGUGGAUUAGGUGAGAACGAAAUCAUAUUAGCCAAUGAUGUAUGGUUAAAAGCAUUAGCAGUAGAAUUAAUUCGAGUAACAAGAAGUGUGACAGGAAGAAGUGCUCUUCCACUCGCACGUCACUUUUUAUCUGAAACUGAUACUCUACCUCAAGAUACUGCAAAAUUGCCAUCCUUUUCUAGAGCUCUUGUACAUCAAAUUCCAACUUUAGCUGAUGUAAAACCGGGUUCUCUAACACGAAUGCUUUUACCAUUACUUUUAACACCAGCAGCACAAGGAGAAGAACGUCUUCCUAGACCAUCAGUAUCCACUCGAUUUUGUAGAGCAAUUAUAGAAGAACCCAGAGGCGAUGCAGAUGCUGCAUUGAAAUUUACAGGAGGUCUUCUAUUAGGAAUUCCAUUGACAGCAAAAAUAUUAAAUUUACGAGAUCCUAAUAUAUUACGCAUUAAAUUGAGGCAUCCUGAUCAACAAGUACAAUUAUUAUUACCGCGUCAAUCAGAUUUACGAUUACAAAAUAUAGAACAAAAUGACUUCAGAUUGAAAACUACAGUUCUAUUGUCUCAUCAAGUUUGGAUGGAAGCUUGUAACGUAGAAAUAUCUCUUGCACUUCUUGUACCAUCUUCAGCUAUAUGUACACAUUCUCCCCUUGAUGAUCCAUGUGUUAUAGAUCUUUGUAAACCGACUAAAGUUUCAAUCGCACCAAAACCUAUAAAACGAGGUAUCUAAAUAUAUUUUAUAAAUCUCAAUAAUAUUUGUCACUUUGAAAUAUUUUGUGAGUUUCCGAACUUCAAGUAUUUCCGAAUUUAAUAUAAAAACAUGAGAACAUUUUAAAAAAUUUUACUUAUGUUAAAUAAAUCAAUGAUUUAUA